AUGACUGUUAUUGAAAUUGAAUCAGAAGAUCAGUUUACUGAUUUAAGUAAAACAAAAGAUAAAUUGAUAUCUUUGUAUUUCCACACAGAAUGGGCUGAACCAUGUAAGAAUAUGAAUUCUAUUUAUAAUACUUUAUCCAACACUAAAGAAAAUGCCUCGAUUUUAUUUAUUUCUAUCAAUGCUGAUAACUUUUCCAACAUAAGUGAUUUAUUCGAAGUAAGUGCCGUACCUUAUUUUAUUUUAAUUAAAAACUCAACAAUCUUGAAAGAAUUAUCAGGUGCUGAUCCAAAAGAAUUCAUAAACAGUAUCAAGGAAUUAAAUACUGAGUCAACUCAAAAAUCUGAAACAAAAACCACCCCUCAACCAUCAGAGCCCACAAGUGAACAACAAGAGAGUCCAGAGCAAUUAAACGAAAGAUUAACCAAGUUAACAAAUGCUGCCCCUGUUAUGUUAUUCAUGAAAGGUUCCCCUUCAUCUCCACAAUGUGGAUUUUCCAGACAAUUAGUGGCAAUCUUAAGAGAACAUGAAGUCAGAUUUGGUUUCUUUGAUAUUUUGAAGGAUGAUUCUGUCAGACAAGGAUUGAAGGAAUUCAGUGAUUGGCCAACUUUCCCUCAAUUGUAUAUCAAGGGAGAAUUCCAAGGUGGUUUAGAUAUUAUUAAAGAAUCUAUUGAAGAAGACGCAGAUUUUUUUCAAAAUGCUAUAGCUUAA